CUCUAUCAAGCAGUACACUGACUUUUUGUUUGAAAAACAGAGGCUUUGGAAUAAACAACUGCAAAUAAACAUUAACAGCACCUUAACACAAAUAGUGCAACCAAACAUGCCUAGCAGCACCUUGACUCAUCUCACAGACUUAUCACAGCAACAGCAAAGACUAUAUUGUGCAUACAACAAUCCUCAAAUAAUGGAUAAAGAGAAAGAAACUACUCUGGCUUCAGGUAAAUACUCUCCAAUUCCAGUUUUAAAUGAUCUUAUUACAAGAGCUUUAAGGUUAAUAUCCAAGGACAAGCUCUACCAACAACAGCUUUGCCACUAG